AUAUGUCUGUGUGUGCGCGCGUGCACGGGUUGGACGUGCGUAAGCGCGAGGAGCGCGUGAGGAAAGUUGUCGUGUUGAACGUACAGCAGCGCGUUUGGUCCCAACAGCAAACAAAGGCAGGAAAGCGUGAGAUAAAGAGGGAUAAAUAGGAAAGAAAGGCGGAGAAAGUUUAGGUUAAAAGCGUCUGUCUUCACUCCACACGCGCAGUGGAGGUCAGCAGCGCACGCGGGCACCGCGAGGACAGCGUGUCUGAUCAUAACCGCCAGCCGGAGCUUCUGGGUCCAGUCAGCUCUGAAAGACGUUCAACAUGCAGGACAUCGAGAACUACACCAGCUUACAGGAGUUCACAGAGGACGUCUCCGCCAGGGGGAACAAGCCCAUCCUCUACCCACCGCAGGGCAGGCAAGGUGUAGUUAAAGGAGCAGAGUGUUUGAGGGGUCAGGUGGCUGUUGUCCUGUUGGUGGCUCUGCUGGCGUCUCUCUGUGCGAACAUAGUGCUCGGUGUUCUCUUGACCAACAGCAGAUCCAGCGGUUCCACCAUCGUGGAGAACUCAGCUGGCUCAGUGUCAGAAUCGGCCUCUCUCUCGCUGAAACUGACCGCCCUUGAGGAGCGCUUCUCUCGCCUCUGCUCCGACUACACCACCCUGGGACAAACGUGUUCCGCAUCAGUGAGGACGUGCAGGCCGUGUCCAGAGGGCUGGACGCAUCUAGACGGGAAAUGCUACUACUUCAGUGAAGAUAAACUGGACUGGAAGAACAGUAAAGACAGCUGUGCGUCUAUGGGCAGCCAUUUAACAAUCCUCCACACCCACCAGCAGCAUGAUAAUCUGGAGAAAAUAGCCCGCAGUAUCGGUGGGUUUGACUAUCAUUUCUGGAUCGGCCUGUCAGACUCUGAAGAAGAAGGAGUGUGGAAAUGGGUGGACAACACACUGGUCAACAAAACGUAUUGGAAUGAAUGGAACCAAGAGCCCAAUAAUCACGAGUCUGGAGGACUUCAUGGUGAAGACUGUGCCGUGCUGGAGUACCACACUAAAAGCUGGCACGACGUGCCCUGCGACUUCCUUUACAAACGCAUCUGUGAGAUGGACGCUAUUACUGUAGACUGAAUCGCUGCACUGUAAUGUAGAUAGAAACUCUGGGUGUAAACAGCUACACGUUUAAAAACUAAACGCCAGAAAAAAUGAAAUGAAUUCAGAUAUCGAUACAAGUUGACUUUGCUAAUGAACAGCUGGCUAUUCCGAAUGUGGAGAGUAAUCUAAAUAGGCCUAUAGCUCACAGUUUGUCAUACAGAGCUCUGAACACCACCUCAGUGAAGACCUGGAUAUGGUUUGAGAGACGUUUUUUUAGUGUAUAUUUACAGAUCGGUUUAGGUGGCUAUUGAUUUGCACUGUUAGCUUUGUUAGUCUCGCUGGAGUUCUUAAGUAAAGCAGCACAAUUCGGAUCCCAGCGGUAUCUCGGCCAAUCGAGUACAUAUGGUGUAAGGGUCUUGGUUUUAGUAAUAACUAGAAGGUAUGACCAGAGAACUUGUAGAGAUUAGAAUUACCACUCUAUAAUGUCUUUGGGUUUCUUCAACACUAGAGGGCGCUCCUGAGCAAGUCCAAAAUGAAUAGGAUAAUAAGCCGCAUCUGAGCAGAGCAGAAUAAAACAUUUUAAAACCGCUGUAAUAUUUUUAAGAGCUUUUAAAUAGGAGCUUAAAACGGCGCCUCAUGCAAGUUCAAGUGAAGUCAGUCAAUGAGCUGCUCUGCUCACUAAACAAUCAGCACUCCUUAGCACUAAUGUUAGCAUCCUGCUGCUGUAGAAAAAAAGAAACAUGUUCUGGGUAAGUGAUUAGAAACUAUUUUAACUUUAAGUUUUUAGGCGUUUAGCUCCCAUUCAUUGAGGAAUCGCCCACGGGUGCCCUCUGGCGUCCAGUGUCAUGUUUUUGAUAUAACGGGGGAAAUAAGAAGCGGCCAGGCUCUUCAUAAGGCUCUGCUAUGACAUUUGAUGGCCAAUCAGUUAUUUCAGAAAUUCACUUCAUUACCAGAGACUACAAAACUCGCUUCACAGUCUACAUGUGAAGACCCCUGGUAGGUUAUCUGCAGCACAGAGUUGUUCAUUUUCAUCACACAGGAACAGGAAAGGAAAGCCGAGAGUUUCUUUGAGAAAUAACGAAACACAGCAUGAAACGCAGAUUCGUGUUCAAUUGUCCUCUCACUAAUUUUCACUACUGAUUGAGGCUAUUUUUAUCGAGCUAUUACAUUCCUUAGCAGUCAUAAGCUGUAAUCUUACCUUAGUUUUUUUUUAAUUGGGGUUUCUUUCCCUUCAGAUUUUUGAUUGUUGAAAAAAUUAAACGUGUAGAAAAAAAAUGCUGAUUUUUCACAUCCUUAAUAGAAACCACUGUAAAAUAAAUUUUGAUGUUCUGAUGACUUUUAUAACUUUUAAAUGUUUUGAAUGUUUUGUACCUUUUUUGUACUCUUUUUCCACAAAUAAAGCAAAUGGAAGAUCUGCCAGGCUGGGCUGAGUUUAA